AUGGUUUACGGGCUCGGCGAGGCACUCAAGAAUCUGAACAGUUACUGCCAAGAGAAGACUUCUCGCCUUCGCAAUUCCCUCUCGCCUGCCAGUAGGUCAUCCUCUCUCAAUCACACUUCAAACUCCCGCAUAAUCCUUACAAUGUAAUUGCCUUUUGAAGGAUCGACGGCUACGAUGAGCGAGCAGUCCUCGGCGACGACAACCGAGAGCAACUCGACAUCGACUACAAUUCCUUCGCCGCCGAACAUGGACGUGACGCCCACGGUAGAAGAUCCCCGCCAAUCGGAUAACAACGGUACUCCCAUCUCUUUGUCUUUAUCGAAACUUUUGUACUCUUAGGUAUGAGUCGUGAUGAGUUCCGUCAGUAUGGAAAGGAAACGGUCGAUUACAUUGUCGACUACUUGGAAAACAUCCAAAAACGACGCGUCGUCCCUGCCAUCGAGCCCGGGUAUCUGAAGGAUCUGAUACCGUCCGAAGCUCCGAAUACUCCGGAAUCGUUCGAAUCGGUGAUGGAGGACUUUGAAAAGUUGAUAAUGCCGGGAAUAACGCACUGGCAACAUCCGAGGUUCCACGCUUACUUCCCGGCUGGCAACUCGUUCCCUUCGAUCAUCGCCGAUAUGCUGAGUGAUGCUAUCGGAUGCGUCGGAUUCUCGUGGGCGGCCUGUCCUGCAAUGACCGAAUUGGAACUGAUUAUGCUCGAUUGGUUCGGAAAGAUGAUCGGACUUCCUAAAGAGUUCCUUCCGUUGACCGAGAACGGAAAGGGUGGCGGAGUGAUCCAGUCGAGUGCCUCCGAGUGCAACUUUGUCACUCUUCUCGCUGCUCGGUUCGAAAUUAUGAAGGAACUUCGCCAAAGAUUUCCGUUCGUCGAGGAGGGUCUCUUGCUCUCGAAGCUCAUCGCGUAUUGCUCGAAAGAAGCGCAUUCAUCGGUCGAGAAGGCGUGCAUGAUUGGAAUGGUCAAACUGCGCAUUCUGGAGACGGACUCGAAAUUCCGGCUGCGCGGAGAUACGCUUCGGAAUGCGAUCCAAGAGGACCGGAACCUCGGACUCAUUCCAUUCUUCGUUUCCACAACUCUAGGUACCACUUCGUGCUGUUCAUUCGAUGUUCUCUCUGAGAUCGGACCAAUCUGCAAGGAGAACGAGUGAGUGUACUGAGUGAGUCUUCUGAAGAAUCCAUUAUUCUUUCAGUGUGUGGCUCCACGUGGACGCUGCCUAUUCGGGAUCUGCAUUCAUCUGUCCCGAGUUCCGUCCGCUCAUGAACGGAAUCGAGUACGCCAUGUCUUUCAACACGAACCCAAACAAAUGGAUGCUCAUCAAUUUUGAUUGUAGUACCAUGUGGUAACGUGUAUUCGAUUCUAUCCAUCUUUUCGUUUUGUGUACAGGGUGAAAGAUCGUUUCAAGCUCACUCAGGCUCUAGUCGUUGAUCCUCUCUACCUGCAACACAGCUGGAUGGGUACAAUCCGUCGCUUCCCUUUAUCAUCAUAUCUAUUUCUGUUUCAGACAAGUCCAUAGACUACCGCCAUUGGGGCAUUCCGCUCAGUCGUCGUUUCCGUUCCCUCAAACUGUGGUUCGUCAUUCGAAUGUACGGAAUUGAUGGGCUUCAAAAGUACAUCCGAGAGCAUGUGAGACUUGCGAAAAAGAUGGAAUCCAUUCUGAGGGCGGAUGCCAAGUUCGAGAUUGUCAAUGAAGUUAUCAUGGGACUCGUCUGCUUCAGAAUGAAGGUGAAAAUGACGACGAGAGUUCACGCGGUGAAUCGAGUUUUUAGGGCGAUGACGAGAUCAAUCAGAAGCUGCUGACGAGACUGAAUGCGUCGGGACGCAUCCACAUGGUCCCCGCGUCGCUCGGCGAUCGCUUCGUGAUUCGAUUCUGCGUGUGCGCUGAGAAUGCGACGGACAAGGACAUUGAGGUCGCCUACGAAAUCAUUUCUCAAUCUGCUCAGCAUUGUCUCAGUAUGGAUUCUGAAUACCUCUGUUAUAAUUCUUGUAAUCUAAUUUGUUCUCAGACGAAAGUGUGAAAGCGGUGAUUGCGGAGGAAGACGAGGAGGCGGUGGCUCUGGAAGAGAUGGUCGCCGAUCUGAACAUUACGGAAACGCCGGACAAAGUUCUUGCCAGACAGGUACGCAUUGAUAGAUUACGUGUGUUCAGUGGUGACCUUUAUUCGCAGAAUUCUGCGAAUGCGGACACCGGUGAGCGAUUAGAGCGGCAGCUGUCGAAGGAGGAGAUUCUGGCUCAGAAGCAGCACGAGAGCCUCGCAAAGAAGAGGUACCCUCCCACGCCGGUCGAGCUCUCCGCUGAUACGAUAUCCGAUCCGGAGCGCUCGCCGAUUCUGGUCACUUGAUUGCAAAACGUGUACAUUUCUGUUUUUCAUCAUUACUUGCAUGCCACAGAACUAACCCACUAGGGAUACAUUACUUACUUUAUUUGAUGCAUGUCAGCACUAACUAAUUGCUUCGUAUGUUGUGAACUCUCUUUCCUUUUUUCUUGUGAAUAGCAUCUGUUUUGUUAAAUGAAUCAGUCGCACGGACUAUCCAAUCCUUUAUUUGUCUAACCGUCAGGUCGUUCCUCGUUCGGAUGGUCUCCGAUCCAAAGUGCUACAAUCCAAAGAUUGUUCGCCACCUGAACAUGGCCAAUCAUCGCAAAAUGAGCCAAGAUCUUUACAGAGACAGAACUCUGAUGUCAGUCAUUCCCACCGAUUCAUUACCAUUCUCUCUUGAUUUCAGGCAAACGAUUUCCCAUUCGCAGCGCCCGAAUCGUCUCUCCCAGUCUCCUGGAUCCGCUGGAUCCGCCUUCUUCGACGACGACGACGAUCGGAUUGUGGCUGACGUGCAAACUGGAUUGCAGACUCCGAUUUGA